CUUGGCGGCGGUGCUGAAAAAUAUGAUUGUGAUGCGGGUCUAACGGUGGUCGUUGCUCUCGGGAUAGCCAUACUAUUUCUUGUGAUAUCUCAAGUCUGCCUUUUAUUUAUCAUGAAAGGUUUUCACUGGAAAUGCGCGGAUGAUGAUACUAUAAGAAAACCGAAGACUGUCGUGUGCCUCUCCUAUUUCACGAUUGCAUUUUUUGUUAUAGGAUGUGCUCUUCUUGCGAUGGGAAUACCAACAAGUGGGAAAUCUGCAGGAAAGUCAUGCCCCUCUGUUCCUACUACUGAUCCCACAGUGGCUUAUGCUCCAAGUUUUCAGGAACCCCAUAGUACAAAGGUGUGCACUGCCCUUGCGGCUCCAAUCGUUGGAGGUAUUGUGGUGUUGUUCCACGCAGUCUCCGGCGCGUUAUACUAUGUGUAUGCAGCUGACUCAGCUAGCUGACUAUGCGUCCAAAUCACCCUCAGCUCACAGGCUGUUUAUAUAGGUGAGGUGUCCAUUUUAAUGGCCUAGCUAGACACCAUAUUAUUACUUUUUUCUUCUUCUUCUUGUUGCAUAUACGAAGUUUAUGAAUUAUCAUAUAUGAAGUGUAUCACUUAUACAUUUUGCCUUCGAC